AUGGAGGUGAUCAUCAACCGUCUAGAGGCCAGAAUUAAGGCCGUCAUCUCACGGUCUGUUGGUGAACAGAAGAACGAGCUAGAUCCAGAACUCUCCAAAUAUUUCGAUUUAGCCAAGACAGAGUCACACCAAGGACAAACACCCUGCCCUCAUAAGGCAGUUACUAGUAUAAAUCCCGAAGAUGUCGAAAAGACCUUCGGCAUCUCUGUGGACUCAACCGGUGGAAACUGGACUCUAUCGGCGAAGGAUCGCAUCGCAAUCCCCCAACAUCUUAGAGAGACCCUACGUGAUAUAGAUCUUGUGACGAAAGGGGCGCCGCUUAAUGAGGCGCAUACCCGGGCCCGAAUCGAUGCCGUGCUCUUCAGCACCCUCGCCGCAGCAAAGAGGGAGGAGAGAUCAAACCAGAAUCGGAUGUCUUCGUCCUCCACCCAAUCUGUCCGAUCUGUGCACCUACAAUUCGAAAAAGACAUGAAGAUGGAAUGGACUUUUCCCAACAAGCAAAGAUGGCUAGUAACUGGCAGGACCGAUUACUCACUGUGGUACGGAGAACCUGGCCAGAUGGAAGCAAAUCUUGUCGUGUGCGAGGCGAAGAGGAAGGGGGUGAUGGGCGUGGACCAAACUCUCGUUUACAUGGCGAUGCUACACCAGGCCCGGAGAGCGGCCUGUCGCCACGAUACUGAUAUCUACGGUAUAGCAACUGAUAGUAACAUCUGGGAAUUUAUACAACUGGGGAACGACAGCAAAUACUCCGUCGCCCACUAUAGGUGGGACCAUGGCCAAGGAAUCCAAAUUAUUUCGACUCUACGGCGCAUCAUUAAUCACGCCAGUGGCCUCACGGGUGGCGGAGCAGCCCUUGGUAGGAAGAGAACCCUUUUGCAAGCGAGUGGGAUUGAAUUCCAGUCCUCCCGGUAG